CAAACCUUUCACAGCGUAGGACCUACUUCAAACCUCAUACGGACCGUUUAUUUCGAACACAAGACACAAGAAUAUCAAGCUACGACAACAAUAUAGUCAAGGAAGCCAGAAGAGGAAGCAAAAAUAUCUGUAAAGGUUUCUGUUUUGUUUUUUUUUCAGGGUUUUUUUACUAUUUUUUUAUUCUUAUAGGACGGCCUGGCCGUAUUGAUGUUUUUUUACUUUUGAGAUAAAAACAAUAAAGAGAAAUGAUACGAAAGCCAUAAUGCGUUUCAUAUGAAACGAAAUAAGUACAACAUUAAAGUAAAAUUAUUUGAAGAAAUAUAAGAACAAAUUCAAUAUGAUAAUAAUCAAAAGAAAUUAUUAGAAUUAUUUUAUCCCGAUAACCUACAUGUUCUAAAAGGUAUAAAUGUAUGUUAAAUUAUUGCAUACAGGGUGUAACAGGUCAUAUUUUAACGCCGACCACAUUUUUUGUUGCGUAAAAGACUGCGUGUUUAACAAACCGUAAAAUGAGCAGAUUAUUUACAAUCUUUAAGGGUUCAAAUAUUUUAUAAAAUAUUUUUUUAGUUUCCGUAUAUGACCAUAGUAUAGCAUCACUGUGCCCGCGGUCGUUCGGGUUGCGCUCGUGUCCUGCUGGCAGCGACCACGGAGGACCUGCUGCUGCUGCUACUGGAGCACCCGUUCUACAGGAUCAACGGCAACAAUCACUAGCACGUUCGGUUUGGUGGCGUACGGUUGCCCCGUCGGUUGGAAAAAGGUCGGUCGACCGGUCGUACUGACUGCCCAGAACAACAAACUUCGCUUUCGUCAAGUGUGCGCUCUCGCGAGUGUUUUCCUUUGUCGGCGUAUUGCAUUUUUUGCAAAGCCCAGCAUCAACUCGACAGCUGUAGUGAUUUGCGUUUCCGGCUAUGUGUGGUUUUAUUUAAUUUUGUUUUGAUUUUUUUUUUUGAGAAAGACAGUUUGAAGCAAUUAAAAACGAAUUAUUUGAUGAACUGUGAAACGGUUAUUCAAAAAAUUUAAAGUGAUAAGAGCUGAUCAUUCUUGAAGAAUACUUCUCAAUCUGAAGUAAAACUGGAUUAGCAAAAAGUUGGUGGUUGAGUAAAAAGAAAGUGUUCAAUGUGAAAGUGAAAAAGUGCAAGAAGAAACAUCUAAAAAACGUGAAGUUAAUAAAAAGCGUGAAGUUAAAAAUAAAACCAAAAUUAAGUGUGAAAACUUAACAAUAAAAGAAGUUGUUAACAGUUGUUUGGAGAAGAACAAACAAUUAAAUAACUGACGUGCAAAAAUAGUGCUUCACUACACCUCUGCACCCGGAAUAUGUCCACUACUGUGACACGUUAAUUGCCAAGUCGAGACACUUUCCCGGGAAAUAGAGCGAUAUCUGUCUUCAUCAAAAAGCCAACCCAUCAUCGUCAACACCGGCGCUCGGGACACCGCACACCCAGGACUAACAUCGCUACUACUGGCCCGGCUUUGCCUAACAGCCACUGCUUAAUCUGCACCCCAACGGAGUGUGCACCAUCUUUGAACUCGUCUCGUCUCAUCACCGACAACGAAAAAGCAAGCAAACUGGACCGGCAUGCCAGUCGACACGUAAAGCGCCCGAAAUUAUUUGUCUUUUUAUUUCAACGCCAUCGCGAGCAACCAUAAAAUGACUGCAAAGAAGGAUAAGGACUACAAGAAUCAUAAACACGGCAGUGAGUUAAGCGCAACAGCAAUAUCGUCCAAGCUAGACAGCCACCUAGCCAGCCAAACCGGUACUACUGCACCAGGUCUGAUAACGGCACAGGAUCCUUUGAAACGCACCAACAAACCCCUCAUGGAGAAGCGACGUCGGGCACGCAUCAACCAAAGUUUGGCCAUUCUGAAGGCCCUCAUCCUUGAAUCGACCGUCAAAAACAAAUCCGGCGAUGGUCAAACCAAACACUCGAAGCUGGAGAAAGCGGACAUCUUGGAGUUGACGGUGCGUCACUUCCAGCGGCACCGUAAUCUCGACAGUCCCGGCAUCGAUAAGUAUCGGGCUGGCUAUACGGACUGUGCACGGGAAGUGGCCCGCUAUCUGGCCACACCGGAACCGCCACCAUUGCCAAGUGUACCGACACUGACGGACGCUGGUUCUAAGGCCCGUCUGUUGCGCCAUCUCGACAAUUGCAUUGCGGAGAUCGAUACGGAGAUCUGUCCGAAGUCGGCCACUGCUGCCAAUGGGAUACCGCUAACUUCUCCUGGUGGGGCAGUUGUUGGUGCCGGUGGCCCGGAUGGAAAGAUGUUGGUAGAUGGGACUGGAGCUGGCAGUACCACCAUAUACGAUGGGUUGAAGAAAACCAAAGACUUGCUGGUGGACUAUGGUGCUACGGCCGGGAUUUCGCAGGACUCGAAUCCGCUAGAUUUCAGCAAAACGAACCGAGAAAUUGGACGGUCACCGUACUCGUACCGUGGAUCUCCUACUGAUCUAGCUCUUUUGGCACCGAAAUCAACCUCACUGCUCCAUCAAGACGAGAAUAACAAUCGAGGCACUAGCGGUGGCACCCUUGGCGUACACAUCACCAAGUCCAGCAGCCUUCAUCACCCGCAGGCGGCCGUCACGGUUGCAAAUCUGGAGGAUAUGAUCCAUGGCAGUGAAAUCGCAACCACCUCAGCCGCAGCCAGCAGCCAUACGGUCGCACUCAACAAAAUGAUGCUCGGCCACCAUCAGCACCAGCCGCACCCGAAGCUCGCGAUCGAUAUGGCUAACCUAAAAAAUUGUCGGCUGGAUGCGGGCGCUAUCAAGCACGAGCCGGGCGCGUCUGCAGCCUUGCUGGCAAACGGGUACUCUACCACAUCGUCGGCCGUUUCUUCACCGACUCCUUCGCCGGCGGGCGGAAACCUCGAAUCCGAUAAGGAUGUUUCAAAUCACUCCGAGCACGGUGUCGUAGUGCCACAGGCGACUGGUUAUCCUCCCCAAAGUCAGGUCGCACUACUCCUUCCCGACCACUACAUCCAGCUUGCGACAGCGCUGGGGCUGGGCAGCACACCACCAAUGUUGGAUCACCCGGGUGCAGCGGCUGCUGCAGCUGCCGCCGCCGCUGCAGCCGCUUCCCUUUCCAGCACCGAUUUCGAAACCCUGAUCGAACAGAACCGUCGCCAGGCGGCAGUGAUCGCGCACGAAAAGAUGACGGCGGAGAUGAUUGGCAGUUUGCACGCGCUGCCCGAAAACGUGGACGAAAGCUACUGGGAGCUGUACAAGAAAUCGCUCGGCAUACCGGACUCGAUCAGCAAGCUAAGCCUUACCGAUGUUCGGGCACUCAUGGCGAAAGGAAUGCCGCCGAAGGUUGAAUGUGUAGGCGCAACGGUCGCACCCGUACCGGCCGUUCCACCCGUCACAAAAAUGGAGAUCGACGAGCAAGGGCACCCUCCGGCGCAUCAUCACGGGGGAUCGGUAAAAUCUGAACCACCACCGACCACAGUCUCACCGGGACUGAUAGAGCCGGAUGUUGAUGGACGUACCAGUGCCAAUGGCAGUCGAAGUCCGCAUGUAAAGAAAGAGCUAUCGGACGGUGAUAUUGCGAUGGUUGCUGUGCGGCCGGAAGCAGCGCACACACCGUAUCUGGAGGAACGCGAUCGUCGAAGCUUGAGUCCUCGAUCGGUCGAAGAUCGAAGAUCACCGACGAGCAGCAAUGCUAGCGGUAGUAGCGAACGGUGCAGCAGUAACAGUGGCGCAGUAGAUAGUUUGCACGCUCCAACAUGGCGCCCAUGGUAGGCAGUUCCUGGCAGGUGGUGUAAAUAUUGAUCAUAAAUGUGCAAUAGUACUCUUAGUUUGAAGCAAAAAGGGGAGUCCUUUCAGAGGACGUUCGCGCAUUCCUCGGUAGAUGUGGAUAGUUCUAUCCCCGAACACAGCUGAGUUUGCCAAUAGGUCGUACGAGUAGGAAUAUAUCUAUCGCUUGCGAGAAGUCAAGGAUCAAAAGGUGUUUACUGUGUUCAAUGUUUUCUCCGACUAACUCCCCACGUUCACAGGCACAGGCAUCGAGCAAAAACCAAAGCAAAAACGAGGAAUCGUGUUUUAACUAGCUUGGCAACUUGGCGUGGUGGCUUUUACUUGUGGAGGGAACCAUGCUCGUAGACCUCUUGCUCCAAAAUCCUGAUGCAAGCCCAAACAAACCAAAACAGGGGUGGGCAGCAGCAGGCCGCUUACUAUUAUUGUGUAUGGUAUUAUUAAAUGUGGAAUCAUCUACUUGUUCUACGUAAAUUAGAUUUUAGGCUGUAAUUACCAACCGAUGGAUGGUGUGAUGUGAACAUAGUAAGGUAAAACAAAACGCAUGCAUAAACCAGCCGCCCGUGCGCGGUAAAAUUCGUGGUAGCUCCUAGAGAAAACAAUCGUGAAGCCAAAAGCCAGACCGAAUAAAAGCUACAGGAAAAAAC